UGUACUUGUUCUUGUUCGGCUGAAUGCAGAGCGAACAUAGCAAGCGUGUUUUUCGAAAUGAACUCAAUGGACUAGACGCAUAUGCUCGCCACAAGCGGUUUGUUCGAGAUUACAUUCAGUUUUAUGGCAAAUCACAGGCCACGUCGUCGCGGACGGGUAAAACGGAAAUAGAGAUUCUAGCAGAGAACCACAGGUUCGUGAGAGACGUGGAUGAAGCGGAUUCAGACAUUUCAUGGGAGCAGAGGAUUGCAAAGCGAUACUACGAUAAGCUUUUUAAAGAAUAUGCUAUAUGUGAGCUCAAACGGUAUAAAGAGGGCAAAAUCGCCAUGCGGUGGCGUACCGAGAACGAAGUCAUAGUCGGUAAAGGCCAGUUUGAGUGCGGAUCCACACGGUGCAACAACACAGAAAAGCUGAAGAGCUGGGAGGUCAACUUCGGAUACAUGGAGGAUGGCGAAAAGAAAAAUGAACUGGUUAAACUGCGGCUCUGUCCACUCUGUUCUGACAAACUCAACUAUAAGACGCAGAAACGAGCGGCAAAGGCUUAUAAAUCCAGUCGGAAAGAGAAGAGACGACGGAGCCAAAGUGACGAUACCGGACAAGGCGAUGAAGAGGUUGAAGCUAAGAAGUCUCGGCGUAGAGGUUCUGAUCAUGAAGAAGACAUACAAGCCCAGAGCGAUCAGAAGGAUAAUGCAGCGGCUAUUUGGAAACAACCAAUCCAGGUGGAUCAAGACAAAACCACGGACGAGCAAUUGGACAGUUAUUUUGCCGACUUGCUACAGUAAUGUAGUGCAUGCAUACCAUUUACUCUCUCAAAAAAAGUUUGUGCAUUUAUGUUAAUAUUCAUUUUACAUCGAAACAAAAAAACUGCAUUCGAUCUUGGGAAGUCAAGGGUUGAGAAAGCUGGGAGCUGUGAACGUGGGGUCAAUUAAACAAAUUAAAUAU